AUGCCGCCACCAAGGAUAUCACCGAGUCUACUAUCUCAAUUCAAGCAAUUGACCCUCUCCGCAACCCGUCCCACACUCCUCCAAAAGCCCAGUCUCCCAAAAUGCCAAUUCGCCAUACCCCCCGCACCCAGCAGUCUGCGCCUCUUCUCCUCAACCCCGUCACACGCCUCGUACCUCGCCCCGAAAGCCGGUGAAUCACGUAAAUCACGCAAGGGCCGCUGCCACGUACCCACUGGCGGCAGCAUGCGCGGCACCACAGUCGUCUGGGGCGACUACGGACUACGCAUGCGCGACCACGACCGGCGCAUUUCCGCACACCAGCUCCGCAUUGCCGAGGAGACCAUCAAGAAGCGCCUCCGCGGCAUGAAGUUCCGUCUGUACAUGCGUGUCGCGGCAAACAUUGGCGUGUACACGUCUGGCAACGAUGUGCGUAUGGGUAAAGGUAAAGGAAGUUUUGAUCGCUGGACCGCGAGGGUCGCGGUUAGCAAGAUUAUCUUUGAAAUAAAGGGCGAUUUGCAUGAGCAGGUUGUCAAGGAUGCGUUUAGGCUGGCGGGCAAUAAGUUGCCCGGCUUGUAUGAGUUUGUGAAGAAGGGGGAUCCGCCUGUUAUGGGGUUGACGAAGGUUGGGCUUAAUGGCGUUACGGAGGCCGAUCUUAAGAGGCCGAGGAGGAAGGAGCCGCUGGAGCAGCAGGCGGCGAGGUUGCAGGAAGCGAGUGAGGUGGGAGUAAGUACCACGCCACGGGCGGCGCUGUAG